AUGCAACCAAUAUUGCCAAGUUGGCUUCGGUUUCCUUUGCCGGAACGACGCUGCCGUAUCAUGCUCCUCUUUCCUUGACCACCAUCAUGUAUCUUGCAGACAUAUUCAAUAUCAACAAGCAGUUUACGUUCUACGGUGUAUACCACAGGAAUCCCAUUAAUGUCGCCAUCCACAUGAUAUGCGUCCCGAUGAUCCUCUGGACCGGGCUGGUCAUGGGUACCAACCUUCCGUCUACGAUGUUCCCGCCGAUCCACAUGGUAUUCAAUGACUACCUUGCCUUCGAUUUAAACUGGGCUUCUGUCGUCGCUGGCGUCUUUCUGUUCUAUUACUAUACUUUGGAACCCAUGGCUGCAUUGAUGUACACUCCUGAAAUGGUGCUCAUCACCUUGUCAGCCCUUAAAUUUGCCCGACGUCCAGAUCAUAUGGUCGUCGCUGGCGCACUUCACGCGUUUGCUUGGAUCGCGCAGUUUGUUGGCCACGGUUUUGCCGAGAAACGUGCACCGGCUCUUACUGACAAUAUUCUCGGGGCUGCCGUGCUUGCUCCAUUCUUUGUGCAUCUGGAGCUGCUUUAUAAGCUAGGCUACAGGCCCGAGCUUCACAAACGCAUCGAUAACGAAAUCAGCAAGGAAGUAACGAGGAUUAGGAAGGAGGAAGCUGCCAAGAAGCGUGCAACAGCCAAGAGUAGCCAAAAUAAGUGACCAAGUUGUGGGUCUGUACCACUAACAGGAUUUCUUUCUCUUGAAUCUGGAUCUACUUAUUUCGGCAUGUUUGUUACAGUUCAUAGUGACUCAUCACUUUGUCUAACGCUCUCGCUAUUACACCGGCAAACAUGUCACCGGUCCUCAGCUUACUUUGUCAGGCUUGUUGGGGGUGGCAGAAUCUGCUCUCCUAGAGGUGUCACGUAUGCAGAGGUCAAGCCUCCGUCGACCUUGAAAUCCGUUCCC